AUGAGCCGUACUGGUGUACGCGAGUGUCGGACUUGGUCGACGCAAAGCAGCUCUCAUCAUCCCACAAGGUGCUCACGGUGGACUUCCAAAACGUCAAUGAACUGCAUCGCUACGUAUUUGGUCAGUGCGGUUCUAUUGAGGUUCCUGUCGUUUCUUCCGGAACGCUUCAUGCCGUUGUCGUCCACUUUAAGGCUCUUAUAUGGGGAGAUCAGUACAUAG